AAAUAAGGCAGAAAGUUGAUCGACCCAUUUCUCCUGGAAUGACGUAUUCACGUUUGUCGAGUAGUCGAGUCUUGCCAAUGGAUUCUGAGUCACUGAGAAGGAAAUGGUUGAAAUGCGAAUGAGGGAAAUAAUCGUCUUGGAUUAAGUAGAGCGAGAAGAUUUUGAAAAAAGAUGGCAAAUAGGGAUACAGAUGAUCACAAUGUUCAGAAUUGCCAAGCAGAUAAAAUUCCAACAGAGAAGGAACCAAAUUCCCUACAUCCAUCUUCUCCUUCAUCCACAAUUCCAUCAGGUCCAGGUCAGCUUUCGGUACAGGAAACAGAAACUACAGUUGCAGGUACAGAAAAACCACCCCCGACUGCGGGAGCGAGUCCUCCUGAAGCAACCACAAAUCAACAAGAAAAAGAAAAGAAGAAACCUGCUAGAAAAGGACCUAAAGUAGUAGAAAGACCUCUCAGGGCUUUAUUCUGUUUAACGUUAAAAAAUCCAAUUAGGAAACUCUGUAUAGACAUAGUAGAGUGGAAAUAUCCUUUGAAUGUAGAAGGAAUAAUGGAAGAGUUGUGUAAAUAUAAGAGCACAAGAUCUAUUUAUAAAAGAGCGCCGAACAUCUACAAGUUACUAAGGAAUGAUAAGGACAAGAUAGGAAUGAAGGAAAAAGCUGGGGUUUAUAGAAUUCCUUUUGAAAAUCAACAAUUAGGAGUAGAAAAAGAUUAUGUGGGCGUAACCACAAGGAACCUGGCAGUUCGUUUAAAGGAGCAUAUGUAUGAUGUUAGUAAAGGGAACAACAACACUAUCUUGGCAAUCAUGGCGCAAACAGAUGGUGCAAGUGUUAAAUGGGAUGAGGCACGAAUUGUUAAACCGGUCCAUUCUCCGACUAUUGCCUUUGGCAUAGAAAAAAUGGAGAUUUAUAAGAGUAAGAUAAAUAGCAAGUGUCUAAACGCCAAGGAUGCUAAUGCUCUUCCAACGGUAGAAUAUAUAUUUCUUGUAAUAUUUACUGCCGAAUGUGUGAUGAAAAUAAUUGCCUAUGGUUUACUAUUGCAUCCGGGAGCGUAUCUUCGGAACACUUGGAACUUCCUUGAUUUUGUUAUAGUAGUAAUUGGUGUUAUAAGUACAGCAUUACAGACAUUAAUGAAAGAUGGAUUUGAUGUCAAAGCGUUAAGAGCUUUUAGAGUUUUAAGGCCGUUAAGAUUAGUUUCUGGUGUUCCAAAUAUAAACUUAUGGAUAUGAAAAUUUUAUAAAUAUAAACUUAGAACUACAAUGU